GAGUUGUCCAAAAUAAUGCCUUCCUACCUCUCUUAGCACUCUCGCUUCUCACUGAUCCCAGACCUGCGGCAGACAGGACGAGAGAACGUAUCUUUUUUCUCUGACAUACUAAAAGAGACUUUCAUCUGUUCGCGCAGUCUCCGAGAGGGAAGGACAAGGCCGUCUCUGCUCAGGCAGAGCGGCAGGUGCCUCAGCGGAAGAGCGGGCCUCUGGGUCUCAGUGACCAGCCCCCGCCUCCAUCCCACGUGGUUGGAGACUUCCAGAAGCGCUGCUACCAGGGUGCUGCUGCGCAGCUCCCGGCUCUCGGACCGCCUGUCUACUGCCGGUUUCCCCGCCAUCUCGCCGCCAUGAUAAGCGCCAGCCGAACCGCAGCAGCCCGCCUCGUGGGCGCUGCAGCCUCCCGGGGCCCCGCGGCCACCCGCCACCAGGAUGGCUGGAAGGGCCUUAGUCAUGAGGCCUUCAGAAUUGUAUCAAGAAGGGAUUAUGCAUCAGAAGCAAUCAAGGGAGCAGUUGUUGGUAUUGAUUUGGGAACCACCAACUCCUGUGUGGCAGUCAUGGAAGGUAAACAAGCAAAGGUGCUGGAGAAUGCUGAAGGUGCUAGAACCACUCCAUCAGUUGUGGCCUUUACUGCAGAUGGUGAACGACUUGUUGGCAUGCCAGCCAAACGACAGGCAGUGACCAACCCAAACAACACAUUCUAUGCCACCAAGCGUCUCAUUGGGCGGCGAUAUGAUGACUCUGAAGUUCAGAAAGACAUUAAAAAUGUUCCUUUUAAAAUUGUCCGUGCCUCCAAUGGUGAUGCCUGGGUUGAAGCUCAUGGAAAGCUCUAUUCGCCAAGUCAGAUUGGAGCAUUUGUGUUGAUGAAGAUGAAAGAAACUGCAGAAAAUUACUUAGGUCAUACAGCAAAAAAUGCUGUGAUCACCGUCCCAGCUUAUUUCAAUGACUCACAGAGACAGGCCACUAAGGAUGCUGGUCAGAUAGCUGGAUUAAAUGUUCUCCGAGUGAUUAAUGAGCCCACCGCUGCUGCUCUGGCCUAUGGUCUAGACAAAUCAGAAGACAAAAUCAUUGCUGUAUAUGAUUUAGGUGGUGGAACUUUUGAUAUUUCUGUCCUGGAAAUUCAGAAAGGAGUUUUUGAAGUGAAGUCUACCAAUGGAGACACUUUCUUAGGUGGUGAAGACUUUGACCAGGCUUUAUUACAACACAUUGUAAAGGAGUUCAAGAGAGAGACAGGGGUUGAUUUGACCAAAGAUAACAUGGCACUUCAAAGGGUUCGAGAAGCUGCUGAAAAGGCUAAAUGUGAACUCUCUUCAUCAGUGCAGACUGACAUCAACUUGCCAUAUCUUACAAUGGAUGCUUCUGGACCUAAGCAUUUGAAUAUGAAGCUUACCCGUGCUCAAUUUGAGGGAAUUGUCACUGAUCUUAUCAGGAGGACCAUUGCCCCAUGCCAAAAAGCCAUGCAAGAUGCAGAAGUCAGCAAGAGUGACAUAGGAGAAGUGAUUCUUGUUGGUGGCAUGACUAGGAUGCCCAAGGUUCAGCAGACUGUGCAGGAGCUCUUCGGCAGAGCCCCAAGUAAAGCUGUUAACCCCGAUGAAGCUGUGGCCAUUGGUGCUGCCAUUCAGGGAGGUGUAUUGGCUGGUGAUGUCACAGAUGUCCUGCUCUUAGAUGUCACUCCUCUCUCUCUUGGUAUUGAGACUCUGGGAGGUGUCUUUACCAAACUUAUUAACAGAAACACCACUAUUCCAACCAAGAAAAGCCAGGUGUUUUCUACAGCUGCUGAUGGACAGACACAAGUGGAGAUUAAAGUGUGUCAGGGUGAGAGAGAGAUGGCUGGAGAUAACAAACUUCUUGGACAGUUUACUUUGGUUGGAAUUCCCCCAGCCCCUCGUGGAGUCCCUCAGAUUGAAGUUACAUUUGACAUUGAUGCCAAUGGGAUUGUACAUGUUUCUGCCAAAGAUAAGGGCACGGGACGUGAGCAACAGAUUGUGAUCCAGUCUUCUGGUGGUUUAAGCAAAGAUGAUAUUGAAAAUAUGGUUAAAAAUGCAGAGAAAUAUGCUGAGGAAGACAGGCGAAAGAAGGAACGAGUUGAAGCAGUUAAUAUGGCUGAAGGAAUCAUUCAUGACACAGAAACCAAGAUGGAGGAGUUCAAGGACCAACUGCCUGCUGAUGAGUGCAACAAACUAAAAGAAGAGAUUUCCAAAAUGAGGGAGCUUCUGGCUCGAAAAGAUAGUGAAACAGGAGAAAGCAUAAGACAAGCAGCAUCUUCCCUUCAGCAAGCAUCAUUGAAACUCUUUGAAAUGGCAUACAAAAAGAUGGCAUCUGAACGAGAAGGCGCUGGAAGUUCUGGCUCUGGGGAACAAAAGGAGGAUCAAAAGGAAGAGAAACAGUAAAAGCUGUAAAUUUUGAAGCAGAAAGGAGAACACAACUAUGAUGCUUGGGAGUGAAGGGACUUCUGAGCAAAGAUGGGCAAACUUGAGUCUUUUACUGUGUUUUUGCAGUAUUCUAUAUAUAAUUUCCUUAAUGUGUAAAUUUAGUGACUGUUAGCUAAUGAUCAUUUAUUGAGAAAUUCCAACAGUACAAAGUUCACAAUGUUUUGUCUCUAGCUUGUCGUUUUUUCAACUGCAUGUAAAAAGGAAAGAUGAUUUAUUAAUCACUAUGAAGACUUAACAUUGCUUUGUGCCAGAGGUAGUUAUAUUUUCAAGGGUGAGUCCAUCUUAAACAUUACGAUGAAGGUAGUUAGCCAUAGAUCUGAAACAAGACUAAAGAUGAGCUCCUGAUUAGUUGAGUACUACAGUACUAGCCUAUGUCUACAUGGGAUUCUUAACCUGAGGCCUUGCAAGGCAAGCCAGCUGUGCCAUGUUAAGAGUAGAGCAAUGGAAGUUAGAUCAGUGUACAAUGUAAACAUCUAUUUAUGUUAAGUAUAGCUUUGAAAAAAAGAAAGGUAAUAUGGCUGCCUAACUUGCCUAAGGCAUACUUAGCUAUCUUCUUGCCUGUCAGGCACCUGUAUCCUUAAUUCUCUUGAUUCAUUCUGGAUUUUUUUAAGAAAAAAUAAACAUUUAAAAUAUUUUGAUCGCUUUUUUUCUUCUUUGAGAUUGAUUUUCAUGAAUUAUACUCUUAAUUCUCAUCAAUCUCUAGAUCUAACAUGAAAAGAAAGGUUAUUAUUCUUGGUUCCAGGUAGCCAAAAAUCCAACCAGAAUUGGCUUGUAAGAAACAUGUCUAGUAGUGAAUUCCGAACUUGAUUCAGAUGGUUUUCUCACAAAUUUUCUUUCUGAUGUGGUUUUAGCUGCCACAUACUGAGAAGCCAGGAGGGUGAUUGCAUAUUUCUUGUGACCUCGUUUAAGUAUUAAUAGUUACUUCCUGAACUAUUUGCCCUGUUUUGUUCAUUCUUGUCAUUUUCCAUAUCUGAGUCUAUUAGUCCAGUGGGUGUGUGACCUGAUCAGAACUCAUCUCUCAGUUCCAGUUCACUUGAUAAUUACAUUCCUAUAAAAGUAUAUUCACUAAAGCCCAUGUAAAAGUUUGAAAUUUAUAUGAAAAAUAAAUUCUAGGCUCAAGUUUUCAGCCACAUCAA